CCUGUCUGCCCAGGUGUUGUCGCGAAACAUGCAGGUGCUGUUCGUUUCUUCGUCGGGUUGUGUACACAACCCAUCUCCGGCGUGAUCCCAUGUCCUCGCUGCUGACGUGAAAGCACAAGGUGACGCCGACAGAUCCAGCUGGGUGAGCAGGACCCUGGAGUCGCGAGCAUGGACGGAACCACACCAUCCGACGAUGGAGGAGUGCGCCGCAGACACUCUAGCCAUGGCGAUAUCAGCGAGCGCAAUGAGAGCGCCAUUCAUGAGAGCUCGCGACCAACAGUAAUCGAGGAUCUCCGCCAGCCAGUUGCUGAUCAGACUCACCAUGUUAGAUUCUCCUCCGACGUGACAAGGAAAAGUAAGAAGAGGAGGAGUGAUGAAGAUCUUGGACAGGAGACCCCGCAGAAUAACCAUGGACAAACUCCGUCCUCGUCAAAACCGCGGAAUCGAGGCAUGUCGUUGCGGUCCUCCUUAUUCAUGAGGCAAAUGAGCCAUGGGGACACUUCACACGAAAUGCAGGCCCUGGAGAGCCCUUUCGCCUCUGCAAGUGGACCGGCGGGCGGCUUUGACAACAAGAAGCAACCUCGCACAACCGUCGCGGAAGUCGCACCAGAUGACCUGGGAUCCCUGCCUGAUCACAACCCUACAAAGAAACGACAGAGGCCUCCAAGAUCCCAACAAUGGAUUGAGAAGCAAGUGAAUCAGUAUCUGCCGAUUCAGAGCCUACACUCGACCUUUGAGCGCGCCAGAAAGUUCGUUCUGCGGAUUCAAGACAUCCCGCCGUCUGCGAAUGGCCGACAGAUCCCAUACUAUGCAUACAGAAAAGAGCCGCUGAUCGACGAGCGCGUCGGUCGGCCAUUCAUUUCAAAUAUCAUCCGGUCAUCGAAGUAUACUCCUUGGAACUUUGUGCCUCGACAAUUGAUCGCUCAAUUUGGAAAAUUCGCAAAUUUCUACUUUCUUGUUAUUUCGAUCAUGCAGAUGAUUCCCGGACUAAGCACAACCGGUAACUACACAACCAUCAUUCCGCUCUUCUUCUUUGUGUCGCUUUCCAUGGCUAAGGAAGGCUACGAAGAUUUGCGACGGCAUCGGCUAGAUAAAGACGAGAAUAAUCGCUACGUCAACGUCCUUCACGCUUACAACAAUAGAACGACCACAGACGAAACGCAGCAAGCAGUGCAGUUGGAUGGGGCGAUACACUGGGGCCGUGUCAAAUGGCAAGCGCUACAGGUCGGCGACGUCGUGAAGUUGGAGCGCGAUGAAGCUGUUCCAGCAGAUAUGAUUAUAUUAGGAAGCCAGGGACCCAAUAAUGCCGCUUACGUGGAGACCAUGGCGCUGGACGGCGAGACGAAUCUCAAAAACAAGCAGCCAAUCGCCUCGGCCGCAGCUGUUUCAAACACCCUGGAGUCCCUCGCAGCCGCACAAAUGCACCUCGUUGUGGAAGAUCCGAAUUUGGAUCUGUACAAUUUCGAGGGCAAGCUCACGAUUAACGAUCAGACCUACCCUCUGACCAACAACGAGGUCAUUUACCGGGGCAGUGUGCUACGUAACACUCCCGAAGCUGUCGGUAUCAUUAUCUACAGUGGAGAGGAGUGCAAAAUUCGUAUGAAUUCCAACAAGAACCCCCGGAUCAAAGCGCCCUCAUUGCAAGCUCGCGUCAACAGAGUGGUUCUCAUUAUAGUCUGCAUUGUGCUUUUCUUGACAAUCUUCAACUCCGCUGGAUAUACCCUGUGGCGCAAGCAUCAUGCCACCAAGAAUGAUUUCUACCUGCAUCGGACAGCCGUUCCAAUGACGCAUAUCGUCACUGGUUUUCUCAUCAUGUUCAAUACGAUGAUUCCAUUGUCGCUCUACGUCAGCAUGGAAAUCAUCAAAAUUUGCCAGAUGUUCCUACUCAACGACGUCGACAUGUAUGAUCCCGUCACAAAUACGCCGUUCGAAGCUCGAACAUCUACUAUCAACGAAGAGCUCGGUCAGGUUGGAUAUAUCUUUUCAGACAAGACUGGAACCUUGACGGAAAACAUCAUGCGCUUCCGCAAACUGAGCGUUGCUGGCGCUGCAUGGGUGCAUGGGGCCACAACACCGGAGCAGGGUUCAGAGGAGAUGAUUCUAAUGCACAAGAAACGAGGAUCACGAAGCAAGGGCAAGGAGCCGGUGCAACAUGGACGUAGCUCAUUCUCUCCGUCAGAGUUCCGUGCGUCAUCCCAUGAUGCCGAUGCGAGCGGUGCCCGAGAUGAGAGUCCCUUCUCGUCACGGCGAAAGUCAACAACACAGUGGAAAGCUUCUGCCAUGCCGGAAAUGGCUCACGCAACACGGAGUACCCAUGAGCUCAUACACUACAUUCAACGUCGUCCAGAGACUCAAUUUGCGCAAAGGCUGAAAAUGAUGAUCAUUUCCAUGGCGGUCUGCCAUACAUGUCUCCCAGAACGAAAUGGGGAAAAAGACGAAGACGUGACAUUUCAGGCAUCCUCACCCGACGAGCUCGCGCUGGUCGAGGCUGCCAAAGAGCUCGGCUUCCUCGCAUUUUCCCGUGAUGUUGCCACACUGACACUGAAAUUGCUCCCUGGCGCCAACUCCAGCGAUGCGGUGUACGAAACUUAUGACAUUAUGGAUGUCAUUGAAUUCUCGAGCAAAAGAAAGCGAAUGUCUGUGGUUGUUCGCUUUCCAGAUGGCCGCAUUUCGGUGCUCUGCAAGGGAGCUGAUUCAGUAAUCAUAAGCCGCUUACGUCAGUCCAACCUUGCGAGCCACGUUCUCAACAAGAUUGAGCAGCAUGUCAUGGAUCGCAAAUCUAUGGAGGCAGAGGAAGCUUUGAGACGAAAAAGCAGUCAGUUUGAGCGAAAGGCAAGCGUGGGCACCUUUCCACGCACCAGCGUAUCCCUGGGCCACGGCAAUGCCCCGAUUAACAGAUCUAGUAUGACUCGCCUUGUGACCACUCGUGAUGAUGUUGAUGGCUGGCUCAACGAGCGUGAAAACGAUGUUGUUGUGAGUCCAACACUACCAGUGGCGGCACGACCAUCCAUGGCUUUGUCAGAGCGGCAGAUGUCGUUCUCUGAGCUAGAUGAUGAGAUGGCCGCGAUUGAAGAGACCAUGACGACAGACGAAGCUAUAGAGCUCGAGAGAUGCCUACAGCACGUCACGGAUUUCGCAACCGAAGGUCUUCGCACGUUGCUCUACGGUUAUCGCUUCCUUGAUGAGCAGGAGUAUCGAUCGUGGAAAAAGAUUUACCAUGACGCGACGACCUCUUUAGUGAAUCGACAGAUGCUCAUCGAGCGGGCUGGUGAGCUCAUAGAACAACAUUUAGAACUCGGCGGCGCCACCGCUAUCGAGGACAAGCUACAGAAAGGAGUGCCCGAGACGAUCGACCGCCUCCGGCGCGCGAAUAUCAAGAUGUGGAUGCUGACUGGAGACAAGAGAGAAACGGCCAUAAACAUUGGCCACUCCUGUGGACUCAUCAAGGACUACUCAUCGCUCACUGUACUUGAUCAUGAGGCUGGUAAUGUCGAGCACAACCUCGCACAGUCUAUUGUUGACAUCAACCGUGGUGACAUCGCACACUCAGUUGUGGUCAUCGAUGGUCAGACGCUCGGUAACAUUGAGUACGAUAUGACUUUGCUUACUCUAUUUGUCGAUCUUGCUAUCCUUGCAGAUUCCGUCAUCUGCUGCCGGGCCUCGCCGAGCCAAAAAGCCGGACUUGUGAACGCAAUUCGCGAGCGUGUCCCAGGAAGUGUCACACUUGCUAUCGGAGACGGUGCGAAUGACAUCGCGAUGAUCCAAGAAGCCCAUGUCGGAAUAGGCAUAACUGGCAAGGAGGGUUUGCAGGCCGCUCGAACCUCAGACUAUGCCAUUGCUCAGUUUCGCUUCCUCACCAAAUUGUUGCUCGUCCAUGGUCGUUGGAACUACGUCAGAACGUGCAAGUACACCCUGGCAACAUUCUGGAAGGAGUUUCUCUUCUUCAUUACCGCCGCUUUCUACCAGCACUACACGGGGUACACAGGCACUUCGUUGUAUGAGCAAUGGUCGCUCAGCAUGUUCAAUACGCUUUUCACCUCGUUGGUCGUCAUUUUCCUGGGCGUCUUCGAGCAGGACCUUCGUGCCUCCACACUCAUCGCCGUGCCAGAGCUAUACACCAAGGGUCAGCGUUCGCUUGGAUUCAAUUUAUGGGUCUUCAGUGGGUGGAUCCUCAUGGGUCUCGCUGAUGCUCUGAUCAUCUAUUUUAGCAUGACGGAACUUUAUGCCCGCGCCGGCUACCUUCAAGUUCCGGGCCUUUUCCCCAUUGGUCAAUUGACAUUCACUGCUUGUGUGAUUGUCAUCGCGAUCAAGACACAGGUCAUAGAGCAGCGAUACCGGUCGUACAUGGCUUUUAUUGCAAUCUUCGCAUCGGUCGGCGGCUGGUUCCUGUGGAACAUCAUCCUCUCUGCCAUCUACGGGAAGAACAACCAAUACGAUGUGAAGGGCGGCUUCCUGACCCGCUUCGGACGCAGUGCCCUCUGGUGGCUAGUCCUCGUCCUAUCCGUCUCGGCUUGUGUGCUCUUCGAAAUUGCCGUCCGCGCAAUCAAAUCAGCAAUCAUGCCGACCGACGUCGAAAUCUUCCAAACGCUUGAGCAGGACCUUGACGUCCGCAGGCGCUUCGAGGAGGCUAGUGCGCCUUGGAUGCAGGCGGGUUGGGACCAUGGGUCCAAGAAGUCCAGCAUAGAACUGCGCCGGGACGCAGAAGAGCAGCGCGCGCGCGAAUCGGCAGUGCAGGAGCUACUAGAACGUCCUCGCACGCUAGAAGACGGUCACGGACCAGGACCGAAAGGGUUUGCAGUUGUGCAGACAGAAGAGCAUACCGUCGUCGAUCGGAAUGGGACAGACAUCCAGGAUAUAUUGGCGCGGCGCCAGGGGAGUGUUCUGACGAACAGAGGCGCUGCAUAAACUUAGACACGCCACUGAAAAAUGCUCGGCAUAAUGAAAUUAUGAUUUCGUCACGAA